AGGAGUGCAGCCAAUGUCGAGUUUAUUCCUAGUUGUUCGCUCAUACAGCUCCGCUGCCGCUAAUCCCAGGAGAAUGGCUGUUUCUGAAUAAAAGACUGGAUAUGUCUAGGGGGCGAGGCGGGCUCAUGUGGGUUUGUGUCAUUGGUUUGUACGACCCAAGACCCCGCCUUGCUAAAAAAGAGAGGAAAAAAAAGAAAAAAGAAAACACACACAUACACGCAUAACCUGACUCAAUCGGCAAAGGAUUGAAGAGCAUAUCUCAAACCCAGCCACUCUCCAGUCAUCGGGGACGUAUAUCACUUAAAAAAUAGACCAGCUAUUUUCCAGCUGCACAUAGUAAAACGUUCUGCUCGAUUCAAUUGUUUCUGUGCCGGAAAUUGUUCUCUAGACUAAUAGUUACUCAGUUAGCACUCGGAGGAUUAAGUUUUUUGUCAUUUUAAUUUAAGGUGGAUCAAUUGUCUUAAAUACAAGAUUGGUAGGAAGCGAUCUUAAAACAUCGGAUGAUGGUGUUCUUGGGUGCAUAAGUCGCUUUUUGAGCUUGCGAUAAACAUCCUAUAUUGAGGUGCGUGGAGGCGUUAUGCGCUGGGGCGGACCCCGCGAAGGGCGUUAGGUUACCGAGAAUACGCGUUCGUCUCUGGAGGAGGAGGAGGAGGAGGAGGAGAGGAGGAGGAGGGCUUCGGGCGCAAGCAUGGCUCUGACCGACAAACACAAAGUGAAGCGGCAGCGACUGGACAGGAUCUGCGAAGGUAUCCGGCCCCAGAUCAUGAACGGGCCCAUGCACCCGCGCCCCCUGGUGGCGCUGCUGGACGGGCGCGACUGCACGGUGGAGAUGCCCAUCCUCAAAGACCUGGCCACCGUGGCGUUCUGCGACGCCCAGUCCACCCAGGAGAUCCACGAGAAGGUUCUGAACGAGGCCGUGGGAGCCAUGAUGUACCACACAAUCACGCUGACCCGCGAGGACCUGGAGAAGUUCAAGGCCCUGAGGAUCAUCAUCCGCAUCGGCAGCGGCUACGACAACAUCGACAUCAAGGCCGCCGGCGAGCUGGGGAUCGCCGUGUGCAACAUCCCGUCGGCGGCGGUGGAGGAGACGGCCGACUCCACCCUCUGCCACAUCCUGAACCUGUACCGGCGGAACACCUGGCUGUACCAGGCCCUGCGGGAGGGCACGCGCGUGCAGAGCGUGGAGCAGAUCCGCGAGGUGGCGUCCGGCGCCGCCCGCAUCCGGGGAGAGACCCUGGGCCUCAUCGGCUUCGGCCGGUCCGGGCAGGCGGUGGCGGUGCGGGCCAAGGUGUUCGGCUUCAACGUGAUCUUCUACGACCCGUACCUGCAGGACGGGCUGGAGCGCUCGCUGGGGGUGCAGCGCGUCUACACCCUCCAGGACCUGCUCUACCAGAGCGACUGCGUGUCCCUGCACUGCAACCUCAACGAGCACAACCACCACCUGAUCAACGACUUCACCAUCAAACAGAUGCGGCAGGGGGCUUUCCUGGUGAACGCGGCGCGGGGGGGCCUGGUGGAUGAAAAGGCCCUGGCCCAGGCUCUGAAGGAGGGGAGGAUACGCGGGGCUGCCCUGGACGUCCACGAGUCGGAGCCCUUCAGCUUCGCCCAGGGCCCUCUGAAGGACGCGCCGAACCUGAUAUGCACCCCGCACACGGCCUGGUACAGCGAGCAGGCCUCCCUGGAGAUGAGAGAGGCGGCGGCCACGGAGAUCCGCCGUGCCAUCACCGGUCGUAUCCCUGACAGCCUAAGAAACUGUGUCAACAAGGAGUUCUUCGUCACCACGGCACCCUGGGGAGUGGUGGACCAGCAAGCCGUUCAUCCUGAGCUCAAUGGCGCCGCCUACAGGUACCCGCCGGGCGUGGUGGGCGUGGCUCCAGGUGGGAUCCCCGGAACGAUGGAGGGCAUGGUGCCAGGGGGAGUGCCGGUGGCCCACACCUUGCCCUCCGGUACACACCCCUCACAGGCCCCAUCGCCCAACCAGCCCUCCAAACAUGGCGACACCAGAGAGCACCUAACCGAGCAAUAGCAGUAGACCAGGAGCGUUCACAACCAACACUCAACCCGGGACCAAGAGACAGUGAACACACCCACUGCCCUGCACUGGGAACAGCCACACGUUCCACGGAUUUGUACUUUUCAUUUUUAGUUUAGGUGUUUUUUUUUUUCUUUCUUUUUUUGGUUUAGUACAAUUUUUUUUUUUUUUGGAAAUGCCAGUUUUUAUUGGACGUUCCAGUGUUAAUACAGUGCAGGUGGGGCGGGGCUAGCGUGUGAGCCAGGAGACUCAGCCACGCCUACCCACUCGUCGUCUCGUGGGGAAAGCCUGCUUCCUGACGUACAGAUCAGAGCUCAGAGAAACCACGACAUCACGUGUUACUGGACCCCGCCCCCACCCCCCCCCUCUCUCCGCCCCGUGACCCAUUUCCCCGUAUUCCCUCCCACUCUAACCCCCCUUCCAUGUCAGUUAAUGUGCGUCUGAAGGUUAUUCUCGGUUUAUUCCGUUUAUUCAAGCCCCAGAAAGCAAAUAUGCUUUUCUUUUAUUCUUUAAUGUGAGAAAUAAGAAAAUAAAAAAAGAUUAUAAAAAAUAUAUAUAUUUAUCAGACAACAGCAAAAGGAAGGAAAAAGAUUGCCCACUGCAGCAGCAAUCUACUUAGUGAACUUUAACCCUUUCCUGGCCAUGGCCUUUCACUGAUGUACCAUGAUAGGUAGUUCUCAGAAUGGGCUUUGACCACCCAGAGAAUGCUUCCACACAGCAGACCCAUAGCAGAGUCUGCUUCUGGCCACGGAGUAUUUAAAUAAAUAAAAAUCUAUUAUCUAUUUACAUCAAAUUGUAGCACAAUAGUCUUAAUGCCGAUAAUUCAAGGUCACACAGCACUCACAGAUUGCAUUUGUAUGAUUCGGCUAAUACGCUUCAUGAAAUAGCUCCGGCAUUAGUAAGUGUAACAAUUACUUAUUUAUUUGCUUAGCCUUAGCAUAAGCCCUUACGAAGAGUAACUUGCAUAGCUUGCAUUUUUAUAUAUUUGCCAUUCAUGCAUAAGGAUGAUUACUUUAGCAGUUCAGGUCCAUUACUUUGCUCAAAGGUAUAGCAGGAGCACUCUAAACAAGAUUCAUGCCUCUGACCUUCUGGUUACCAACCCACUUCUCUACCCACCACCCUAGCAAAAAAAAAAAGCUGCCGAAACAAAGCUGUCCUGCAAUUCAUUUUAAACAAAAUGUGUCUGAUUCAUAAAUGUUACAUACAGAAUAUUUUCAGACAGAACUUACAGCUAUUUAUAUUAAUAUUGGAAUCAGAAUUCUUGGAAGUACCCAGUAGCAUGUACUUGAGUUACCUUAUUUCUGGCAGUGAAGUGUAUACCUGGGUAUUGUUUGAACAGUCUUGCUCAGAUGAGAGGAUGUUUGUGUGUGAGGCAGCAAACUACACAGCAAAUUCAGAAUUUUCAGCUAACAUCUGACUGAUCAUGCUUUUGAUGUCCUAUUUCUCAGCAAAAGCAAGAAGAUAUUGUGUAUGACUUUUUCUCUCCAACCGCAUCUCCUGAUGGUUUUGAUAAGACUGGUUCCUUUUUUUUUUAUAAAUUCAUGCCCUUUCAUCAGAAGUAAGAUUACAUUCCCUUGAUCAGGAAAGGGUUAAAGCAAACAUUAGUUGUGGAUUAAAGUAAACCACACAUUUCUUACUGACUCAGGAAACCACCUUUUUGCAGAUAUUUUUCCCCAAGAUAUUGUCUGAGAAAGAAAAAAAAAGCUGUCUGGAUAUUUCUCUCUUCCUACUCCCUCUCUCUUCUCCAUUGUGAUAUUUUUAUAUAACAGACACAUCCCGUGUGUUUGGUGUUUAAAAGUUUUGCAGAGUCCUGUUAGAUUUGUAUUGCCUAGUUAAAUGUUCUUAUAACCAUAGUCUUUUUGUGAACCACCUCUCUCUCUUUUUUUGUUCUAAUGAAGGCCAGUUGGAGCUCUUGAGGGCGUUGUACUCUGAGAGCAAUAGCAAACUCUUACUAGUGUCCCAACAAUAGCAGACGAUGGCUGCCAGAGAAAUGUUUUGUUUUAGUGUGAGUAUUUGUAUUGUUUCUUGUACAAGGUGAACAUUUAGCAUUCAGUGCAGUUCAAAUAAAAAGAAAAACAACUC